AUGGCUUCGGGCAGCGGAAACCUGGAGAAAGCCUUGCAAUCUUUCGAGGAUUAUGCUUUGAAACUACAGCCCCUGGUCGGUGGGCUCCAGAAGCUGGAGGAAGCUUUGCGGCUGCUUCUGCCUGCAGACGGGCGCGCGGCCCUUCUUGAUUCGAGUUUUGCGGACGCACCGAAGCAUGCCUCCUUCACUGGCCAUGUCGUCACGUGGUGCUUCCGGGAUGGCGGCAACCUGGGGGAUGGAGCUGCGGCUGUGGCCCGGGUCACUCUGCUGGAUUUUGCAACGUCGGCAGAGUCGUUGAAGGAGGGCGCGGCCUGGCGCCAGCAGCUUCUUGACUGCGCGCCCAAAGUCCUGGCCACAGCUGGCCCUCUGGUGUCCCGAAGGCUAGGGCAGGUUGUUGCCAGGCUUCUGUCAGAGGCCUCGGCACGUGCCUGGCUUUCAUCCCUUGGCCAGCGGUCUUUGGAACGAUCUUUCGAAGAGGCCGAAGCUCUCGACCGCACGGAGGCACUUCGAGCUUUCGCCACCGGUGCUGCUGCCAUCCUCGAAAGAUCACCAGCCGUCGAGCUCUGUGCCGACGUGUGGAGCGUCACCCGUCAUGCCAUGCUUGACCAUGACUCCGCGGAGAGACGCGUUUGCGUGCAGCAGCUCCUCCCGGCUCUAGUUGCGGUGAGCCCAGCGGAGGUCUCGGCGAGCCACAUCUCCGAGAUGGUCUCCGGCCUCUUCCGACCUGGGACAGACGAAGGAAAUUCUGGGCACGGCAAUGCCACCGCCUGCACCCGAGAGGCGCUGAACUUGGCAACUGCCUUCGCCGGGCUUUUAGUGGACCACUGGAAGCUCAGCUCCUUGCAAGGAGACCACGACCCGCUGGCCGUGGCUUUGAUUUCGCAGGGCCUCCGAUUCGGACUGAAGGAGUGCGGCAGCAUCCGCAAGCAGGCGCGCUUCCUCCUGGAGUCGGCAGUGCAGAAGGCGUUGGUGGCGAAAACUGCGGAAGGCGAUUUCCGCAGUCACGCAGGCGUCGGGCUCUCUUCGCUGUCCAGUGCCUGGCGCAGCUACUGGGAGCUCUUCGACACUCUCGAGGACUACUCCAGCCACCUUAUCAAAGCAAGCUGGGACGCACUCAUCAAGCGGUUGAUGCAGUACUUGGCAGAGCUGAAGAAAGCAAAAGCAGGAGCAGGCCAGCUCGCUCCUUGCUGCUUCGGGGCCUUUUGGCUCGAAGUGUUCCUGAUCCGGGCCUUGGAUCACGACAACGACAGCGUGCAGAAGUUUGUGCUGGGGCAGCUGAUGUGCCUUGACCUCCACGUCGCCGCACUUUCGGAGAGGUUCGUCUUGACUGAGGUCCUUCCCCGAUUCGGCAACGGAAUUGACAGCCUCUACCCGCGCACAGACGUCGAGAGAAGCUUCGAGAAGCAGGUCACAAGCUUCUUCCUGGGAUUUAUGUCCCAACAUCCCGAGGGCCCGGACGUCGCAUCUUCGAGGCUUCUUGAGGCUCUGUUCGACAUCCGGGCAGUGCACUUCACCCCCAUCCGCUUGGUUCUCUCAGCUUUGCAGCAGGCGGAGUUGCCGCAUCGCUCUUGGCCACCCAGGAGGGCGCUGGAGAUGGCGCAGAGGUUCUUCAGCAGCGAGGUGCUGCUACGAAUGCCAAACAGUGUGCGGCAGCACUUAGCCGAGCUCUUCCUCCAGGUGCUCACCCACUUGACGGUCAGUGAAGAGAACACACCGGAGUCCGGGACCCUCGUGCAGGAACUCGCGAAGACAGUGGCCUCCGUGCCGGAUGCCGUCUUUGCUGCCCUCCGCCCUGCUCUCGCAAGACUGGCGCCCAUCUGCCUGGCUCUGGAUCGCUCUGCCUCCGCGGCCUGUUUGGCCACGCUGCUGCAGAGUCUGGUGUCUAGCUACACACCUCCCGUCAGAGACCCAGCUAUGCCGGAUCCAAAGCCCAUGGAAGUUGUUCCGCUGGCGAUGGGCACCGUGCGACUCCUGUCGGUUCUGUGCGAGGACGUCUUCGCCACAGUCUGGCCUGCCAUGGCACCAACGCUGCAGGAUCUUCAUCGUCGCAGCUACCUACCUCGGCGCUCUGCGGUGGCUUCCCUGUUCGCCUGCGCCUACUCGGCAAGCCUGGUGCCGGGUUUUGGCUCCCAGGCACAGAGGCAGGAGGCUGCCUUCAUAGAGAUCCUGGCGUACGUGGAGGCUCAUGCGCUCUCGGCCAUGGGCCGCGGGAGGCCGGAAGAUGCUGUGCAAGAGGCCUGCUGGGUGUGGCUGUAUGCCUUUGUGCUCGAGCGGCUGAGCCUGCCGACAUCGCAGCAGUCGCAGGCCCUGCUGGCAGCAGCACGCGACGUGCUCAAGAAACCGAUGGCCGAGACACCAGCAGAGCUGCUCGGCUCCGCAGCUGCAGCCACCAUCUUGGGCGCUUUGGCGCCCCACGCCGCACCCAAGGACAGAUGCGAGCUCUUCAUGCUUCUCUGGCGUGCGCAAGUCAAGCGGAAGCCUGAAGGAGUAGUCGACUCGCGUUUCGGCAUCGGCAUCUCUGAAGAUAUUGGCACCUGGCAGCGGACGCGACUGGAGGAGUAUGAAGAUCUCGCACGGAUCGACCGUGAAGGGCCGGGACGUGUACAGGAAUGGCGGGAUGUAGCGGCGGUGUUCCUGGUAGCAAAGUGGCGGGCUCUUUCGGCCAUUGUUCUCGCAGGGGAGCACUUCUUGACGUCGCUUUCGGAGCACACAGGUGCAAUCAAGGAGGUUGCUGCGGAGUUGCUGCAGGAGUUAGACUCUUUGCAGCCUCCGCACGUCGCUUACUGGGCGGUGGUGGCCCGACGGGUUGCCUACCCUGCUUUUUUCGGCGACCUCGCGCCAGGCGACAAGAAGCGCGAUGUGCUGGUGGAGACUUGCCAGUACAUCCGCGGCUUCAUCUCCCAAAGCGUGGGAGAAGGUGCGGUGUUCAUGGCGCGCGGCUGUGUUGUCGAACUGGCUGCCGCUCUCGUGGAUCCAACCCUGCGAAGAGCCGAGCGCCAACUCUUCUCCAAGACAGAGGAGAUCGGCCCCGUCACAUCAGCGGUCAAGGAGCUGCUGGCAUUGGGCGAAGUUGGCACAGGCGUGUCCCGCUCCAUUGCGGUGCCCGUGCUCGCCACACUCCUGGCAGAGUCGAAAGAAGCCGGCGAGGAAGGGGAGGCCUCUGCAGCGGACAUGCUUACGACCUUGCUGCUUCACAGCGAGUACACCAUCAAGGACGGAGCGCUUUGCCACAGCGCCGCGCCGUGUGCAGGGGCCAUCGAUGCUGGCGGCCCGGGAAGUAUAGGUGCCCUGACAUCCGCGUGCCCACGUGCGGAGGACAUUUGCUCCAAGUUCGCAGGCACCCCUGCGCUGCCCCGGGUCCUGGCUCUGGCCGGCCUCGACGGCGUGGCAAAGCGCAGCGCAGGCUCCCCCCUCCCCGGCAUCAUCCGACAGGUGCUGGCACGCCUCCUUGCGGCGCUGCGCAAGGAGCUUCAGCUGAUCAUCGACAGGCCGGCGGGCACCAACAAGCCCUUGACGCCAAUGCCCCUCAGUGCACAGCACCGGCUACAACUGCGUGGCUGGCAGGCGGUGCUCGUCUUGGGCUGCCAUGCCGACCGCGCUACGGCUGAAGAGCUCCUCGUGGAGCUGUUUUGGCAUUUGAGGACUCCCCACCUUCCAGAUGUCCGUGACUACCAAGAGCUGCUGGGCUGCGUUCUCUGCGAACGCUUCGAGGAUCUUGCAGUAACGCCGCUCCUGAUACCGGCCCUACAGGUCUACGACUGCAACAACCAAGUGAGCGCAUCGCUCCUGGUGAUUGCCAGUUACCUGUUUCGCCAGUGGACCCGGGCAACGCUGCCUUCCUACUGGGGCUUUCUUGCUCGGUCCGUGGUUCCGUACCUGGGCCACAACUCCGCCUACGUCAGAGGCACCGCCUGCUGGGGCUUCUUCGAAGUCGUUGAGGCUGCCAAAGCGAAUGGCUCCCUGCGACCCAGCGACGACGCCGACCACAGGCUUCUCGACGAACUCCACCGGUUCCUGGCCUCGAACAGGGAGUGCCAGAAAAUGCGCAGGCGGCUGAAGCCGGUCUUUCUGCAAUUUGACAUGUCAAAGACGGCUUUGGAGGCCCUCUCCGAGAAUUGCGAGGUGUUGCCGCGCAGCAGCACCGACAGAGAAAUCCUGCAACCACUGAGUCUCUUCGCCGACGGAGACUUCAGGCCUUCCCAAACCUUCCUCGCGCUGCUGAAAGAGGAGGUUGCCAAGGAGAUGGACGACAUCUUCGAUGCAGAGGAUUGCAGCCAGUACGCAUCAGCAUCCGAACACUGGGAGGAGGCACAGCGAUGUGCCCUUCGUGCGGUUCAGGCUGCGCAAGGUGGCGCCGGCGGCCGCGAGGAGGAAGCCGAGGCUACGGCGGCCGGCGGCGCCUCAGGGCUGCAGCGCAAGUUCAUCCCGCCGGCCCCGCCGCGCUUGCCGGAAGACUCCAUCGGAAGUGUCGGAGCAGGGCAGUCGCCCCGGUUGCCGCUGGUGGUGGUGGCAUCUAUGGUGGACAAGCUGCCGAACAUGGCCGGCCUGUGCCGCACCUGUGAGGUGUUCUACUGUGAGGCCCUCUGCCUCCCGAACCUGAAGGUUGCCACAGAGCAAGCCUUCCAGUCCAUCUCCGUCACCGCCGAGAAGUGGCUACCCAUGCGGGGAGUCCCCAAGGGCGAGCUUCGAGCUCAGCUUUGGGAGUUGCGACAGCAAGGCUAUGCGCUGGUGGGCGUGGAGCAGACGCACACCAGUGUCCCACUAGACCAGUGGAAGUUCGCAGAGCGCACGGCCAUCGUCCUAGGAGCUGAGAAGGAGGGAAUCGAUGCAGCGCUGUUGCCCUUGCUGGACGGCUGCGUGGAGAUCCCGCAGCAGGGACAGCUCCGGUCGCUGAAUGCCGGGUGCCCAAAGCCGAUGGUGGACUCCCCCAACCCUUUAAAGGCUUAG